AGGGUAAAAAAAAGAAAAAAAAAGGCUCUCCCAAGUUCUCAACUCUAAAAUGUGUUGUGUAGUGUCGUGUAAAACCAACAAAAGUGACUGCCCAUCCACAACCCUAAACCAAACCAACCCACUUUCUCUCUUAUUUCUGUUGCCAUUUCUUCUCCUCCUCCUUUAAAAUCUUCCUCUCUUCUUCUCUCUCCUCCUAUUUGAUGUUAAAGACCUACACCCUCAUUUCAUCAUCAAUAAAUCUUUCUUUGCCGAUCAAAAAGAAAAAAAAAAAACCGUUGUUUAGCAGCCUGCCAUGGAUGAAAGUACUGGUGGUGGUGGGUCUAGCGAUGAUGCGAGAACUUGUCCCCGUGGUCACUGGCGACCUGCCGAGGAUGAAAAACUCCGGCAGCUAGUCGAACAGUACGGUCCUCAGAACUGGAACUCAAUUGCUGACAAGCUCCAAGGCCGAUCAGGGAAGAGUUGCAGAUUGAGGUGGUUCAAUCAACUUGACCCAAGAAUCAACAGAAGACCAUUUACAGAAGAAGAAGAAGAUAGGCUUCUUGCAGCUCAUCGCAUCCAUGGAAACAAGUGGGCAUUGAUAUCCAGGCUCUUCCCUGGUAGAACCGACAACGCUGUGAAGAAUCAUUGGCAUGUUAUCAUGGCAAGAAAGCAAAGAGAACAAUCCAAGCUAUGUGGUACUAAAAGAAGUUACCAAGAUGCCAUUAAUGGUGGUGAUGACUCCUCCAACACUCUCUCUUAUGGUUUUCGACGAAGGAAUUCAAAAACCCAACAAGAGGAUUAUAGCUCGAAAACCCGGUUUGAGAGUUGCCAAUUCUUUGAAUUCCAAACACCAAACAAAGAGAGAAUUUUCACUGUUUUGCCUAACUUGCCUCCAAGUUCAUCUUCAUCCCCUUCUUGGAAUUUUACUAGACCAACUAUUUCGGCGGCAAACAAUUCAGGGGAUUUAUUUGGAAGAGAAGGUAGAGAUUUCUUUAACCCUAGUUCAAAUUAUUGCACCACAGAGAGCUCAAAUAAUACCUCAGAACAAGCUCUUCGCCGGUACUAUCUCAAUCCCUCUGCUUGCCGGGAUUUUAGUCCAUUCGGAUUCCCAAACUACAAGAGGGUUGUUCCAAGUUCAUUUGGGUACUCUAAACUUGGAGAUGGUAAUGGAACACAUGGAAUGUUCAAGAAAGAGUUGGUUAGGUUUGGUGAAAAUUCACACCCAUUUGAAAAGAAGAGAGAGACUAUUGAUGAGCACGAAAAUGGAGAUAAAAAUUCCAUCAAGCAGAAGGAUGUUCCCUUCAUAGAUUUUCUUGGUGUGGGAAUCUCUUCUUGACCACCAAAAAUCUUUUAAUUUUAUUUUUACCUAUAUAUAAUAUAUAUUAAUUAGGUUUUAAAUAUUGUCCGAUACUUAGGAAUUUUGGACCUUUGAUAUUGAUAUUCAUCGUAUAUAUCAGCUAAUACUGUCUCAUUUCGGUUGAUAUAUAAUCGUGUCGCUGAUAUCAAUACAUCCUGAUACCGUUAUUUAAAACCAUGAUAUAGAUGAUAAUUUUAGUUUCACAACUGAA